CGUUCUUCACUAGUUAUCAUUUCACCAUUCUUGUUCUUUACUGGUCUCUCUGACUUGGAAACUUUCCAAAUAUCGUUUUAAUGACUAAGUACAUGUCUUUGAUUCUGUUAUGAAGUACUUCAAUGUAGCUCCUCCUGUCUAUUCUGAUGCUUCGCUUGACAAUUCUAUCUGUGCUCCAUUUAAUUUCACAAUAAAAUGCGAUGCCUUUCUUUGAAAUUUCUAAAGCAGUUUUAGAGUAGAUAUUAUUUCUUCAGUGGAUCUACAUUGACACUCUGAAUAAACUCGAAAUGUUGUCGCCUGAGGCAAUAACUGACUUACGUCUACAUAAUGACAGAUAUGUUACAAGUUUUAAAGAGUAUUCGAAUGUCACUAUUGACCAUAGCAAUGAUGAAUCAGGUGAAACACAAGGUCUGCCGUUUGGGGAUCAUGAAACUCAGGAGUCAGAAGGUGGAGAAGCUGAUCUACACAAAUAUCUCGUUGGCUGUAAGAAGAAUCCAGGACACAGUCAGUUUAUACCUGUUAAUACAUUUACUUUAGAACAUCUACCUAAAGAAUAUCAAGACACAGAUUUAUAUGAAUUCAUUAAAGUUGUAGCUGACCUUACAGUUAGAGUAGAUGUUAAAAUGACCAGUUCAGACAGACCAAUAUUUUGGCCAAAGACAACACGAUCUUACCCUUUUUAUAACAUAAGUGACACAAGAAGCUUUAGAACAGGAAGUGGAAGAGUGUGGCUUGUUAAUAAGUUUUGUGAUGGAUUUACACAAGAUGAAGAUAAUGGAUCUACUGACUACACAAAGUGUUGGUGUAGAAAAUGUGAGGAUUCAGACUCACCCAGGAAUGUGUGGUGGCAAUUUAUUGUUAUCACAGCUACACAUGUGGUUUUUGAUGACAAAGAGGCGAACCAAACAACGCUAAGAUUGUUUUAUGAUACAGAUGAUAGCCGAGUGGUCAAUAUUGAUACGGUCAAUAUUAAUUAUAUAGACAUUGAGUAUGACAGGUGUAUGUUAAACUGUGUGACAUGUGACAAUGGUUUAGGUGAAAGAUUAUCAAAUUUAUGGAAAUAUUAUGAAAAUGUCUGGGAAAAACUCACGGUCAAAUAUUGUGACUCUACAUCUAAACACAAGCUCAAUUUUAUAGUGUCACAUCCACAUGGAUGUUCUAAACAUGUAAGUAUUGGUCAAUGGAAGGUUAAGAUAGAUGUGGAUGGUAGAAGUCAGUUUACUUAUACAAGUUGUACAUGUCCUGGAAGUAGUGGAGCACAUGUACAGUGUGUGGGGCAUAAUGAGGGGUCAUGUUGGUGGUUCAAUCUUGUUCACACUGGAAGUUUAAAAUCUGGAUUAGAUUACAGUGGAGCUGGUGCUCUCUGGUAAAAUUUUUCUUUGUAAUUUUAAUGUCAAAAUAGAACACAGAUUUGUUUUUAAUACUUAUAUUACACUUGCAUCUCUUUAUUGUUUUAAAUAGAAAACAAAUCGUAUUCUUAUGAAACAAAAUACUAGAUUUAGAAACUAGAUCUAUUUGUUUGUUUUUUUGAAAAUUCAAUGUACGUGACUUUCGAAGUCAGUGAGUUUUCAUUUUUUCUUUCAUAAUUAAAAAUAAAAUAAAAGACUUCACCUUUUUCCUAAGUAUUUUUCGUUAAUCUAUGUACAUUUAUGGUGUUAUUUAUUUGUAUAUAGAUCUAAAUCUUAUUUUUUUUUAACAAAAAAAUGAUCUAGCCCGUACAAGAAAGUACACAAAAUGUUUUGAACAGCGCCGGCUUUAGACCGAUUUGACCGAUUUCCCAAGUUUGGCCCCUAUCCUUGCAAUUUACAUUUAUCAUAUUACUGAGCUAUUACAUGGCUGUUGUCGCGUGCUUUUAAAGAUGUAGGAUUUAAAAAGUCUCAGAGCGACUUGUUGCUUCUGUACAAUUCUUGGUAGAAAGGAACUUGGAUUUCUGUAAGUCUCAGGAGCAAAUUGAAAGUCCAUAUAAUGACAUUUUUUUGGUGUCAUAGAAUCGCUACAAAAAUUUGAUUCAGUUAUGCAGGAUCAUAUAUAGAAAAAAAAUAUUAACAAAAAAAUUAACGACCAUUAUUUUGGUCAGAACAUUCAGAAGGCUUUGAGGCUAUUUUUCAACCAAAUUGUAGAUAAGACAUUGCAAUCUCUUCAAUCAUGGUUUAAGCAGCCAAAAGAACAUCACAAACUCUUUUUGUUUUUUUCUUAAUAAUUUUCAGUAUAUGACAAAGAACAAUAUCGGUAAAUGUUAAGACGACCUAGAGAUUGAUUACUCUAACAGACAUUUAAAAAAAAUAUACAUAUUGUCUGAAAAAAAAAGAAAACAAAAAUAAAUCCUAUACUGCCUGUUUAACAACAAAAGCCCAAGGACUAUUUCAAUAUAUUUCUUGUAACCAAAGGUCUACUUCAUUCCUUAAUGUAUUCAUUACUCUGAGAUAAUUGCUAACAAUACCAGUGACUUUCGCUUCUGGUGAAAGAAGUUUUUCCAAACUCAAAUUAAUCAAAACCUACCUUAAGUCAUUAAUUCACCAAGAACGAAUGAACAAUAUGGCAUAAAUAUUUAUUAAAUCUCCUAUCAUCAGAGACAUUAACUAUGAAAAGUUUCUCACAGACUUUGCUAACAAUAAAGAAAGAAAGACCCACUUUUAAACUAUUAUGAUGUGUCUUUAUUUUAUUAAUGGAAACAGCUAAAAAAAUUCGUUUUAAUACUUCCUUAUUGUAGCGUAAAUAUACAACAGUUGUGAAGUUGUGUUUUGAGUUGCUUCCGUAAUAACGUAAAAUAAAUGGUGAUAUAAUGACGUCAUUAAUAAAAAUAUUUGUUAUUGUAAAAAAAUACAAAGGGGUUCCCAGGCAUCCAUCAAAUUUAGCCUCGUAAUUUUAAAGGGCAGCCCUGGUUUUGAACGCUAAUUUAUUUGUUUUAAUUUUAAUCUUAGGAAAUAAUUUAAAAAGCUGUAGUCCAUCCACAUUUGUCACUCUCAAUGGGGAGAGGGUAGCCUCCAGUUGUUUGAGAAACGCUUCUGUACAGCGUACAAAAUUGGAAUGGGCUUUAACUUCAUAUGAUCGUAUUCGUAUUUAGAUAGAAGGGUUGUAGUGGGCCUGUUUACAUAACAGAUGGUAUCUUGAACAAUGGAAAGAAAUUGUACUUGACUAAAGUUAUGGUUUAAUCGGAAUUAGUUCCCUUUUGUAGGUUGUCGUCUGAGUUUUAGUGAAUACAAACAUGAACUAAGACGAAAUUAAAGAAACAAUACAUAACUAUAUAAUCUUCUAUAUUCAUAAUAUCUUCAAAAGCAGAGUGGAUACAAUGUUGAGGGACAAUAAGGGUGGCUACCUUUUUUUUUAUUAGAGUUAGUCACAUUUAUUACUUGAUUUAAGUCCCUGUUAACUGUGUUCAAUUGCCACUUCCUCUUGAGUCUUUGAGCUGACCACUGUACAUUAUUGUGAACUAAAUCUCCGUAAUGUUUAUAUAAUAGUUUUGAUCUGCUCUGACUGUGUUAAUCAAGAGGAGUGUGCCACGUUAUAGGAAUGUAUCUUUCACUAACGAGCUAAGUAGACUUUAUUUAUUUGUUGUUAAUAAGUUGGUUUAUGUAAAUAUUAUGUCUACUUAGUCUCCUAUCCUUUCCUGUAUGUGUUUUUAUAAAGACCAGAUUUGGGUCGUAUAGUAUGUAAAAGAAAAACUUUUGUCUUGAGAAGAGACAGGUGUGUGUCUCAUGGACAGUUAGGACCUGUAUUAUAUUAUUGUAACCCAUUGUUUGUUUUGAGCUGAGACACUAUUGUGCCUCUGUGAUGGCAGUUCUAUGAUUAUGUUGAACUGAACCGGCCCUACUAUUUUGAUUUUUUUUCAUUAUUUGACUUGCCUUUGUUGGCCCUUAUGCCCAUUUUCUUUUAAUGAUCUUUUUCUUUUGUUUCUUAAUAAACUCUUUAUUAUUUGUA